CAACGAUCGUGUUGCAAAAUAAACAAUCAGAAUCGGGGCCCGGCCGUGAGCAAAUUUGCUUUCUUAUUUUAUUACUUGUGUCAACAUUUUAGAUCGAUAUUAUCGGAUUAUUUACUCCCCUACGUUGUAUCAUGGUAUUUUGAUUCUUUUAUUGCAAACAUGGUGCUGCUACCUCCUUGCGUUCCGGAUACGUGCGGGAAGGAUUUCCGCAACUCGUUGCAUAAGCCGAGUCCAAACUAUCCUUAUGGCAGUAGGAAGAGGAAACCUCGGGUCGUGCCCGCUUUCACGAUACAAGCGAUGCAGAAGAACACGAAGGUGAAACCGCCACCAAAGUGCGGUGUGUACAAUCCGCUGCCCGUCAGACCGACCAUGUUCCGAGCCUGCUAUCAAAGGGGCGAGUUUCCUCUUUCCAUUGAAUUCGUAGCAAGCGGGAAAAAGCUUUCUUGGAAGGUACCUGUAGAAAAAUUGGACUUCCAUCAUUACCUGCCGAUAUUCUUCGACGGACUUGCUGAAGCGGAUUACCCGUUCACAUUCAUAGUCGAGCAAGGAAUCCAUGACCUGGUCACCAAGGGGUCUCACAAAGUCUUGCCUGUGGUACCACAAAUUAUAAUACCAAUAAAAAAUGCGAUGGCGACAAAACGACCUACGGUAAUAUGCCACGCGCUGCGCUGCCUGCAGAUGCUGGCCACGUACUGUGACCACGUGGGAGAAGCGCUCGUACCAUACUAUCGCCAGAUAUUACCUAUGCUUAAUUUAUUCAAGGACAAGAACAAUAAUAUGGGUGCCGGAAUCGAUAGUAGCACAUCCCGCGGCGAGAAUGUUGGUGACUUGAUAGAAGAAACACUUCAGUGUUUGGAACGUUACGGUGGUCCGGACGCGUUUAUAAACAUUAAAUACAUGAUACCAACGUACGAAUCUUGUAUGCAAAAUUAAUAUAGACAAUUUAGACUGUCUGCACUUUUUAGAAUGUUAUUGCUUUAAUAGCAAUUAGUAUAAAUUUUAGCUUGGAUAGCUUUAAUUGUUUAAUUCAUGAUUCAUACUAAUUUUUAUAGUAUGUGAAUUAUAUGAAAAUCCUUAGCUAAAUUGAAGUGAGAUGACGAGAAUAUUUUCAAGUCAUGAACAUUUUUUAUUUCUCUAAUAACUAAGAGUUGUGAACGUGUAAUAAUUUUGAAUGUAUUACUUGCUCCAUAAAUUGAGAUGGUUGUGCAUUUUAUUGAACACCAUUUAUUUGUGCCAUGGUUGUUUGUCAUAGUAACCUUGGGUUAAUUGCAAAACCAUUAAUGUGUACUUUCUUGUCAUUAAAAAAAAACUGAGAUUAACAUUUGCCUACAGGGUGUUUAAGCAAAGGAAACCUACGGUAAUUAAUUGUUAAUACACAGCAAAGUUAUAUUAUGAUAACGGUAAUAGUUAUAAAUAUAUUGCCGUCAAAUUCGAUUGACUUAACACUUUUAUUAAACAUAAUGUUAUCUCAGUUUUUUUUAAGAAAUAAAAGUAUGAUUUUAUUGUACCAGAGUAGUUUGUCAGUGGAAGCCCACGGUUAUGUUUUCAUAAAACACAGUAAAUUAUUAAAAUUAAUUGCGAUAAUACCAGGCAAUAUUAGUCGAAGUAUCCAUCAGAAUAUGAAUACUUUGUUUGAGGACUAUGGUUCCUUGUCGAUGGAGCUAUUUCCAGAUACAACGUCCACUCUCCUAUAUGAAUGUAAUCGUAAAUUAAUGUUAGUGUAAUUGAUUAUAGUUACGUUUGUCUGUUAAAUUGCUCAAAUGUCUACAUUGUGAUAUUUUUUUUACUCAAAUAUUGUUUAAAUCCUUGCUGAUUUGACUUAUGUUUUUGUUAAUAUUUGCU